AUGACUUCCCCAGACCUACCAUACUUAUAUACAGCCCUCAUCUUCCGACUCAUCCAUCCAAUCUGUGACAUGGUGUGAUUGUCUAUUUUUUAUCACAGUUUUCGCAUUUUUUGUCGAGAUUGGGCGUAGUGGGGCUACAAGUCCGGGACUACUUAUCAAUCGAAAGUAUAAAGUUUCUGCUUUCAGGCCCCCGCCACGACUACCACACACGAUGAAGCGGUGCAAUCGAACAUUCAGCCGACGAAGCCACUGCAACGUGACGCCUAUAUAGACUGCACUUUAAGCAAAGAUGUGAGUUACCGUAGCUUUGAAAGUUUUAUGAAAGUUUUUUGGCGGCGGUUUUGUGAUUUCACGGGCUAAAAUACGACUUAUUGUUAGUUCGAAGAUUUAUUUAAUUUUCGAUUUUAUUGAUUUUUUUAAUUUGUCAUUUUUACUAUACAGAAUUUUAAAUAUUCUUUCGGAAAAGUCAUUUUUUGUAGGCCACCCAAACUUUAAGUUAUUGUCACAGUACACUCCCUACAGCCUUAACUUCAAAUCAAAAAUAUUGGCGCUCACAUGUUUCAUAUCGGGGUUUCAUAUUUAAUAGGGCUUUGCACUUUUACCAGCCUUAAUUAGUCACUUUGUUACGAUAGCACUCUUACAACUGACUUAAAAGUCAAGUGUAAAGUCAUCUUUUUCUGCAGACACUUCGUGUGUGGUCGGGCCAGAAUAAACAAUGCUUCAAAAAGGUGUAUGAUAAGGCGAUGGGAAACUGAAGGGACCAAAAGAAUAUGCACUUUUAUAAAAACGGAAAAAUGUGCUUUAAAGAAAGAAAAAAUGACAACUUGAAUCCUCGAAUGGCAACUCUGAUAUUCCCUUCAAAUUCAGCCUAAAAGCAAAAAAUGAGCACCGGUUUAGUCUGGGAUGGCGGCAUUCCGGCCUUGUUAAGCUGGCCUAUAGUGUGGCUUAUUUGAUACGAUGUAACCAUAAUAGUCUACUGUACAGUCUUUUCAUGGAUUGCUACUUGCUAUAAAAAUUUAACUAGCAUUGUUUGACUAGCUAGAGGAUUUCGAUGGCACUGACCACUAGGACACAUCUGCAGAUGGAACAAGCUGUUCCUUACGAGGAGACUCUCCGCUCUUUUUGCCUAAACUUUGGUUGAUUUUUCUCGACCUAGAAGACCUGUAAACACGUAUGGAUAUUAGUUCCGUGAUCGCAGAUACCUGACGUUUCAAAUUUGCUAGGUUCCGUUAGAAAGUCCAUUUGCAAAAAAUAUUGACUUCCUUUGUUAGAGAAUUCUACUAAUCCUUACUUGCCACAAUUCUCAUCAAAACCUAUCUUUUGUUGCCUUUGUAAUACCCUAGUAAAGUCUGGUACAACAUUUCGGUCCUUAUUAUUUCAGGACGCGGUAGAUCGAAGUACGGCCACCUCGCUCAGGUCUUGGGCUGACCGAAGUACCUCUGUUUCUCAUGCAAAAGACAGUCCAAUCUUAUCAAUAAAGAAGUCUAACGUUGAUUGUGGAAUAACUACCGAGAAGAUUCUUCAGAACAAUGCAACGACCUCAGUUGAUAUCCAAGCUGAUGAUAAAAGUGUGAACACUUCGAUUCAGGAAGAUGUUUCGCAGCCAAAUCAAAAUGAAAAAGUUUCCAAAUCGGACUUCUCCAUCAACACAGCUAAAAUCUCAUCCAAUGAUGCAACGACUUCAAUAUCGUUUGAUGAAAAAGAAGAUAAAGGUUGCUGCACGUCAAUUAAGGAGAAUAUUGAGAAAGCUACGGGGACACGGAGUUUUGAGUUCGAUACAAUUGUAAACGAAGGGAAGAAGAAGGUCGAGAAAGUAGACUUUUGUGGAGAAACGGAUGCAAAGAACUGGGCUGAUGUUAGUAUUGAUGCUGGGAUCGAAAGUUAUGAUAAGAGUGCCUGCACAAGUAUCCGGGAGAACCAUGAGACAGGAGUUGGAACGGAGAGAGUCGAGGUUAAUGUAAGUGAAAUAUGAGAUUAUUCAGAGGGAUCAUAUGGUAACCUUUUGGCAAAUUUUUUACUCGCUUCGAUUUACGAUGACAUAAAGUUUUUGAGUUUAGAAUCGAUCAAUGGAGACGUCCGAAAUUUAUUAUUGGCGAGGUGAGAGCAGCCGAUGUGUUCAAACGAUGUUUCCUGAGGACCUGGAUGAAGCCGGUCAUACAAUAGACGCUGAUACUCGAAGGAAACUCUUUUCCAAAGCCAACCAGGGCUACAGUUUUGAAGAGCAUUUGUCCAAUCAUGAUGCUAGGUGAGUUUUGGACAGAUCUUGCCUUUUUUGCUAACAAAGGAGGGUUCUGUUUUCACGGUUCAGACUUCUAUAAAGCUUAGCGAAGCGAUGCACCGAGACCUUUGUCCAUUUCUGAGAAUUCUAACGCUCUGCAACGCCGUAUUAGAACCUUGGCGUUACAUGUGCACAUCUGCUUCUAAAACACAAGUUUUUUGUCUUUCAGUAUGCAAUAUUCCCUCUCCGAACUUGACGUGUGUGAAACCGGAGUGCAAACAUUACUAUCGACCAAUGAUUUGAAGGCGAUGGAAGAGAAUGCCGCCAGGUCUAAAUCAGCUGCAGCCAUGAUUAAGAUUACUAAAAAUGAUUCAACCACAAGUCUAGACGGGAGUGAUGAAAUGUUAUUUAGUAAGAAAGAUGCGGUGACAAAACAGGAUCUGAUCAUUCAAACCGAUGACUCAUAUCUGAAAAUCGCCAGAAGGUUGGAUGAGUACAGAACAAACAGGUCUCAGGUGAGUCAUUUUUACUAUGAUUAAAUUAGAGAAAUCUAAAUUAAUUACUAAUCUAUUAUGCAGGGUGGGCCAAAAAAAUGGACAUUAAUUUUUCUUCGAUUUUUCCUGCCAUGAAACAGUUUGUGAAAAAAUGUAUAUAUGGCAUGAAGGUACUGUGUUAAUGUAACAUAUUUACUGUAGAAUUUUUUUCCUAUCUGCAGAAGUUUCUAACAUACGGUUGCAGGAAGGUCACCGGGUCAGCGCGCCAAUUCCCGCGACAAAAACUUCAAAAGUUCUUACCCCUAAAUUUUUUAGAGUUGCUGUAAAGACAUACCAAGCGGUCUACGAAAAUCUAGGAGACAUGUCCCCUUAGGCUUUAAAAGGAUUUAACGCAAGCUUUUCGGAAAAUGAAGAACCAGUGACCAGAAGUUAGACACUCGGCCAGGGAAAAUCGAGCUUCAUUUGGGCGCUUUCGGAAAAUCGAUGCUCUACCAAACGUGGUGAACAUUUUGAAACUAAUUAUCCCCAUACGGUGUUUACUACUCUACGAUGAAUAUACUAAGCGCAUGUUUGACAACAGUACCACUCAAUCAGCAAGAUCGCAAGCAAAAAAUCGAUUUUUUUGACUUUUUGAUGGGUCAUCGCAAUAAUACAUGGAUUCUGAAGGCUAGCUGCAUCCUCAUUUUAUGAAACUGACUUAAAAUGGAAGAAAAGGGUCGUAUCACCUUGAUAUAAAAGUAUCCCGUCAUAGUUAUCCGGCACGUUAAAAAACGCCAACAAAAAAGAAAAAUUUUCUGAUCAAAAAAUAUCAGCGUCUCUGGGUAUAGCCGGCUGGAAUUUUUUAAGGUCUGCGCACGGCUGAUGCAAGCUAUUAUCAAAUCAACUGCUGGUCCAUGUAAAGCAAUGUUAGGUGUCUUACAGUGACCACUUUUUGCUAUCAAUAGCAUGAGCCGGGCUGCCCUGCGACUCUUAAAUGUCAAUUAUCUCAAAAAUCUAGAAUUAUCUAGAUGGACCUCUUGUGGAUCACGUUGAGAACUGCUGGAGCGAAAUUAAUAUAAUACUAUCAGCUUUUUUGCUUCUGUGGGCUCCCCUUAGUAUCAUGAUAAACAGUCAACCACCAGGUUUGGGCUGGUCGUAGACGUUCAGGUCAUUGAAGAUUUUUGGACUCAUAAAAUUUUCGGAAAACGUAGUCAGAACAUGGACUGGUCUAGCAUUUUGGCUUGUAUCAACGGUUCAACAAAAGUAUAUAAAAAAGUUAAAUAGUUGUGAUAAAGUAGGAUAGUUGACAAUUAUAAAAAUAUCUUCCUUUCCGCUGAUUACGGUAUUCGUGCCGGGAUACACCGACUUUUAAUUUUGUCCAUUUUUUUUGGCCCACCCUGUAAUAUUAAUUUGUUCAGGGGAUCUCUGUCUACACAGUUGGUCAGACCAGUCCCUCUCAUCGUCGAAAAAACAGCCGAUUUUUAUCGACUGGCUCAGGAUUUGCUCGUAGAAGGAGCAGCAGAUCUCCCAGGGUACCCAGAUUCCCAAGAAAUGCUGCUACAACUCCAGUAGAUGAGGAGAUGACAACAAGGCCGGGGUUAUUGGAACCUUCUGAUAUUGUGGCCAGUACAAGUACUGGUGUUGGAAGAUCUGGUGAGUUAGUACACUACUAUCAGUGUUAAGUGUCUACGACUUUCUUGAAAACAUCAAUAAAUUGUUGCAAAUUAUGCCUGGUCCAAAAUAGCAACAAGUUUUCAGAUGACGACAUCUCGGAAUACUCAGAAGUCUCAGAAUCCGAAUAUAAAGCAACAAAAUCAUCUUACUCCUACUCAGAACACAAAUCCUCAAUCUCAGCCACCUCAAACCUACUAUCUGUCGCUCAAAGUGCCAAAAAGAGUUCAGAAAAGUCCAAAAGAAAUGUCAGUUGGAGGCCAAAAUUGUUGAGCAGAGCUUCGACAUCAUCGUUGUUUGGUAAUGAAGAAAAGAAAAGUGUAAAGGUAGGUUUUACUGUUUAGUGUUUUUGCCACAACACCAAUUUGAUUGCAAUCAAACACAUACUAUUUUGCAGCCAGACAAGUAG